AUGCGAGGGUUGGUACUGAAGACCCUCUGCUCCACACUGCUACUUCUAGCAAUGGUGACCGCUGCAUAUUCACAGUCAGAUUGUUCUCAAGCUCAGUCAUGUGACAUGUGUGUCGGCGACUCGAUCCUCAACCUGACUGGCUGCAUCUGGAAGUUUUGCUCUAAUGGUAAUGAUACAGGCAUAUGUGGGACUGAUGAGGGUGAUUCAGCAGACAAUUCAACAAACUGUUCUAUAGCUAGAGCUCCUGAAUUCUGUCCAGUUGUAACUGCUGCCGAAGGAGGAGAUGAAGGUGACUCAGAUGAUGACAGCACGUCCACCCCAGAGUUCUCUCAGGCCAAGUUUGACAUGUCCAGUUUCGUUGGAGGCAUCAUCCUGGUGCUGUGUCUGCAGGCGGGGGGUUUCUUUGCCAUGCGCUUCCUCAAAUCAAAAGAGCAGAGCAACUAUGACCCUAUGUGA